AUAACCAGAAGCCUUAAUUCUUAAUUGAACCAAUAACUCACAGAACAAGUCAAGUAAUUUAAGAAGUGAGAGGAAUGUAAUGAGUUACGAGAUACAAUUUUAUUGUGACUAUUAUAGAGACUAAUAAAUUUUUGUGUCUAAACAAUAAAGGGCUCACUUAAUUUUCUCACUGCAGCUCAACCAGUCUUCUCGCCGGCAGGUCAUAUGGCAGUUUUCCUUGACAUUUCUUCUUAACCCAUUUUGGCGUCUCUGCCCCAGUUCAGACGUCGAACGUUUCAUGUGCCGAACCUAAUGCAUAAACUACUGUAAUUUAUUUUCACUGGUAGACAUUGUAGACCAUGGUUCUUCGUAGAAAUGAAUUGAGUUCAACGAAUGAAGUUCGAAGUCUGAAUCAGCCGUGGAACUUGCAUCGGUUGGGUCGACCAAAAUAGGUAUUAAGUUCGGUUCGGUUGGACGUUUGAACUGGGACUUACUUAACACGCAACAGGUUAGACACUCAAACCGGGAUUCUUGGAAUUAGAUUGUCCAAUCACAACGUUUUCUAAAAACAAAAGAUUCUCAAGUUUUUUUGCAAACGGACCAAUAAAAUUCAACUAUGCAACCGUUUAAAAUUUGAAAACCGUUCAAACUGACCUGACUCUUCAGGAAACAGUCCUUAAAUUUAUGAUUGUUGUUGGUCCGUUUGCAAAAAAGUUGAGUCUUUUUUCUCUGAAAAAGUUGUGAUUGGGCAAUCUUUCUCCAAGUUUACCUGUUUGAGUGUCCGCACUGUAACGAAGUUCGCUAGCAAGCCUCCUAUCAUCAUCAUCGUCGUCGUCAUCGUCAUCAUCAUCAUCACUCGGGUUUGUAGUCACCCUCUUGAAAGAGGAACCCCUGCCUGAAUCGACCCCACAAGUGUCUGUGCUUGGCUAAUCUUGAUCAUACGGGUCCGAUCUGUCUGGUGAGAUCGUCUCUCCAUCUUUUUUUUAUCUGUUGCUCAGAUAGCCGGGCAAUUUGACCUGCCCAUCUAUGCUUUGCUUUCCUGAUAGCCUUGAUGAUGUUGCUUACGCCAGUUUCUUGACGGAUCCAGGUGUUUCGCUUUCGAUCUGGAAGGGUAAUGCCUAGCAUUAUGCGUUCCAUCUUACGCUGUGCGACUGCAAGCGUAUCCAUCAUAGCGUUGUUAAGCGCCCUUGUCUCGCAACCAUAUGUCAUUACUGGUAAAAUGCACUCGUCGUGUAUCUUCCUCUUUAUCUCCAUGCUUGCUUUGCGGCUUCUCAUGAUGUUAUCCACUUUACCAAAGGCUGCUCAACCAAGUGCGAUCCUCUUCCUAAUGUCAGGAAGCAGGUCAUCAUCUUCCGUCACCGUCUUUCCUAGCUAGGUAUACGUAACUAUCAAACUCCUUGAUGGUUUCUCCAUUGACAGUAAUUGUGCACUUUUUGACGUGCUCAUUGAACAUUACCUUGGUCUUGCCAAGAUGCAUUUUAAGGCCAGAUGGUUUGCUUGUAUUAUGAAUGUCAGUGAGCAUACUGGUAAGCUCCUCUGGUGACUUGGCAAACAAGAUGAUAUCAUCAGCGAAAAUUAGAUGGGAGAGGUAUUCAACGUCGAUGUUUAGGCCUCUACCUUUCCAGUCGAUCCUCUUUAUUAUAGCAUCUUGGAGACAUGCUGUGAAAAGUUUAUUGUCACCAUGUCUUGAAACCCCUUCUCCAGCUUGAUUUUGUCACUGUCCCUGUGGAGGUUCGGAACAGAGGUGGCACCAUUGUAUAAGUCAGGUAAGAUAGUAAUGUAAGCCUGAUCAACUCCUUGAUUCUCUAAUGCCUUGAAGACUGCUGUGAACUCGGUGGAAUCAAAGGCCUUCUUGUGAUUUACGGAAGCAAAAUAGAGUGGGAUCUUGUACUCUUUUACCUUCUCCAGUAGCUGGUUAACGACUUGAAUGUGAUCAUGCCAAUAGUAGAAAAUCCUGCUCUGAAGCCUGCCUGCUCUCUUGGUUAAUGUAGUUCCAAGGUGCUUAGCGUUCUUCGAAGUAGGAUUUGUGAAAACACUUUGUACGUUGCUGGUAAGAGGCUGAUCGGCCUAAAAUUCUUGAUAUCAGCUGUCUUCUUUUUUGUGGAGGAUGAAUGCCGAUGCAUCCUUCCAGCUGCUGGGAACUUGACAUCUACAAUGCAUCUGCUGAACAGCUUCGUGAACAUCUUGGCAAUAGACCCCCCCCCUUAUCCUACAGAAUGGCAGCGGUAAUAUUGUCCUCCUCAGGAGCCUUAUCACACUUUAGACGCUUAACUGCGUCUCUCACUUCGGAAGGUAGGUAGGUUUGUUCCACUAGUGUCAAGGUCGUCUGUCUGUUUUCUAGUUGUAGGGCCUCAAACUUUGCUAUUAGUGAUGAGGUUAUCUAUGUCCUUAUAAUGUACCGCGUACCAUGCGGUGAUCAUCGCCCGUGUUGAACCUGUUAAUAACAGAUACAUCUGUAAAAACAUGAGGUUUGUCCGUGAGGAUGUAGUCGAUCUCGUUUUUUUAUGGCCCCUUUUGGGAC